UGCAUGCAUAUGGAGCAUGCUAGGAAAACAAGACAAUACAACAUUGAAAUUGUUUCAACAACAUAACGAGAAAUUUAAGAAUGAAGUUAGAAGUGGAAAUAAUUUCCAAAGAAACAAUCAAACCUUCUUCUCCAACUCCCAACCAUCUUCGUCAUUACGAACUUUCCUUUCUCGACCAAAUUGCUCCGAUGGUCUACAACCCAAUUGUUCUCUUCUACUCUCAGAAUGACACACUCAACACAACCACCAUAUCCAACAAUCUAAAAAAAUCCCUAUCAAAUAUAUUGGUCCAUUUCUACCCUCUUGCCGGACGAAUGAACAACGACAACACUUUCAUACAUUGCAAUGACGAAGGAAUUCCUUUCAUAGAAGCAAAGAUCACAAACUACAAACUUAAAGAUGUUAUUCAAAAUCCAAUCCCAAGUGAACUCCAUCGUUUGCUUCCGUUUCAACUUGAUGAUAUCACAAACAUCACAUUCGGUAUUCAACUCAAUUUUUUUGAUUGUGGUGGAAUUGCCGUCGGUGCUUGCCUUUCUCAUCAAAUCGCGGAUGGUUUAUCAUUUUUCAAUUUCCUCAAUAGUUGGGGAAAUAUUACUAGAAAUUCGCAUUUUCCAAAACCUAAGUUUGAUUCUUCUAAUCUUUUCCCGCCCAAAAAUAUUUCAGGAUUUGACCCUAGAAGUGGUAUCACUAAAGAAAAUAUAGUUUGCAAAAUGUUUGUUUUUAAUGCUGACAUGGUUGAAAAUCUUAGAUCAAAAUAUGGUAAUCUUAAUUUUAAUUUUAAUCCUACACGUGUUGAGGCUUUAUCAGCUUUUAUAUGGAGUCGUUAUAUUGAUGUGAUUUAUAACGAUGGUGUACAAAGAAAAUACGGCGUGGUUCAUGCAGUGAAUCUCCGUCCAAAAAUGGAACCACCAUUACCUUCAGAAUCGUUUGGAAACUAUUCGCGGUUUACUAUGACGAUUCCAAAGUUGAAUGGUGGAGAAGAGUGUUACGGGUUAGCGAAGCAAGUGAGAGACGAAAUAAAGAAGAUUGAUAAGGAUUAUGUGAGGAAGGUUCAAGAAGGUAAGGAACAUUUGGAAUUUCUUAAGGAAAAUUUUGAUAGAGUGGUUGUGAAGGAGGAAUUGGUUGUGUUUAAUUUUACUAGUUUGUGUAGGUUUCCGUUGUAUGAUGCUGAUUUUGGUUGGGGAAAACCUAUUUGGGUUGGUUCACCUGCUUUGGCAUUUAAGAAUUUGGUUGUGUUUGUUGAUUGUAAGAAUGGAGGUGGUAUUGAGGCAUAUGUUAGCUUGAAGGUUGAGGAUAUGAUCAAGUUUGAAGCUGAUAUAGAGUUACUUGCAUGUGUGAAUAAAGCAAGCACCUAUUGAUUUGUUUGAGACUGCUUCAAAUACUCGAACUAGAAGAAGAUGAUGAACGACAUGAUUAAAAUAUUGCACAAAUUCCAAAGCGUGUGUAUUACACUAAACUUUAGGUUCGAUUCGUCCCCACCAUAAACUGGAUCCAAAAGGGUUAACUGGCGAAUCCCCUCCAGGAUACUUUGGAAACCUUGACAUGGAUUGCAUACACAUAUCAAGCAUAUUGAUCAAUGAUAUUUUACGGAAUAAAGUUCCUUACAUAUCAAGCAUAUCUCAAAUGUAUAUUUUAUUCAAUCAAAUGCUCAUAAUAGUUGGUACUGUGCAUCUUUCUUUCAAUUGCUUAUGUUAUUAUUGGUACGUUCAACGCAUCAUUAUAUUCCUUAUUCUCAUCUGGAACUUUAAUUUGUACACCAAACACAAUUCGCAGCUCACGAAGACAAUUUUAUUUAUACCUAUGAAAACGAUCAAAAUUGGAGAAGAUAAUGAGUUUAGGGGUAUUUUUGGUUGGGUUUGGUGUGAGAAUUGAGUUUUUGAAAUGGUCAGUUUGGUGUUUUACCAUGAUCGGAUAAUUAAAAAUACUCACAGAAUAUUAUUCCUUAAAAUAAUAUGAGAGUUUGGUGUUUUA